CGCGUAUUGAUGACGUCAUCAACUGGACGCCACAAAUUUGAACACGUUUUUAUGUUAAUCUGUGCAGUGACAACCCCCCAAAAAGACAUAAACAACAGAUUAACUGCAUGUCACACGGUUUUGUUUGCGUAUUAGAUUGAGAUUUGAGUAAAACGAGUUGUGUAAUUAAGUGUAUUUUAAAACGUGUGAUAGCUUGCGAUGAGAAUCAUGAAGAGACCUAACAUUCUUCUCACUGGAACCCCUGGAGUAGGAAAGACGACUCUAGGGAAAGAGCUGGCUCAGAGAACAGGACUAACCUAUGUCAAUGUGGGUGAUUUGGCACAGGAAGCUCAGUUGUUUGAUGGUUUUGAUGAAGAAUACCAGUGCCCUAUAUUGGAUGAGGACAGGGUAGUGGAUGAGUUGGAGGACCAAAUGGGAGAUGGAGGCGUAAUUAUUGAUUACCAUGGCUGUGAUUUCUUUCCUGAACGCUGGUUUCACAUUGUUUUUGUCCUCCGCACUGACAACACCAAUCUCUACAAUCGUCUCGAAAGCAGAGGGUACGCAGGAAAGAAGCUCCAGGAUAAUGUGCAGUGUGAGAUUUUCCAGACUAUUUUUGAGGAAGCCGUGGAAGCCUACAAGGAGGAAAUUGUUCACCAGCUUCCCAGUAACACUCCUGAAGACCUGGAGAGGAAUCUGGAACAAAUUGUUCAGUGGAUUGAACAAUGGAUGAAAGACAACAAUUGACUCUGGACAUUUAUAUGUGAAAGGCUCAAACAUGUUUGAGUUCAUGUCAAAGAAAGCUUAUAUCACAUUUCAUAGAUAAAGUACUCCAGAUUGACCAUGGUUCAUUAUUAUUGCGCUAAGGACAAAAAAAAAACAAAAACGUGAGGCUAUAAACAGAUACUUUGUUUGACAUUAGUUAAACACAAUUUCAACAUGAAUUGGAGAAAUAAAUAUUUUUAUAUUAUA